AUCCGAAAAAAGAAAUCUUCUCGAGAAUAAUGUCAAGUGAAGAACUUUAUGCAAAGGGAUGUAAAGUUUGGCUACCCAACUCGGAUACAGUAUGGGAAAGUGCAGUAUUAGAAGAGAAUUACCAGAGGGGACAGACUAGCCUUAAAGUCCAACUCGAAAGUGGAAAACUUAUUGACGUACCUGUAAAGGAGGAUGGCAGCGAUUUGCCCCCAUUGCGGAAUCCAGCUAUUCUUAUUGGACAAAAUGAUUUGACAUCACUGUCGUAUCUGCACGAGCCAGGAGUAUUACACAAUCUGCGGGUACGGUUUUGUGAACGACAGAUUAUAUACACAUAUUGCGGUAUUAUUUUGGUGGCCAUUAACCCGUAUGCUGAACUGCCAUUGUAUGGAUCAAAUAUUAUACGCGCAUACCGCGGUCGUUCCAUGGGUGAAUUGGAGCCUCACAUAUUUGCAUUAUCCGAAGAGGCAUACACACGAUUGGAACGGGAGAAAUGCAACCUCAGUAUUAUAGUAAGCGGCGAAUCUGGAGCCGGUAAGACAGUAUCGGCAAAAUAUGCUAUGCGUUACUUUGCCGCAGUAGGUGGAUCUGAGUCGGAGACCCAGGUUGAACGCAAAGUAUUGGCGUCGUCGCCCAUUAUGGAAGCUUUCGGCAACGCAAAGACAACACGGAAUGACAAUAGUUCACGUUUUGGAAAAUUCACAAAAUUACUAUUUAAAAAUAAUAUGGGUGUAAUGCAUUUAACUGGCGCGACAAUGCAUACAUAUCUAUUGGAGAAAUCUCGAGUAGUUUUUCAGGCCAUGGGCGAGCGUAAUUACCAUAUAUUCUAUCAAUUGUGCUCAGCUAGGAAUGAACAUCCAGAAUUGAUCUUAGAUCACCAGGACAAAUUUGAGUAUCUCAAUAUGGGACAAUCGCCUGAUAUUGAUAAAGUUUCUGACAAGGAUCAAUUCAAGGAAACCAUACAGGCUAUGGAAAUUUUAGGGUUUGAUUCCAGACAGAUUUCAGAUAUUUUGAACAUCUUGGCUGCCAUUUUACAUUUGGGAAAUGUGAAAUUUAGCCACAAAAUGAAAAAGAAUUCAGAAGAAAUCGAUCCCGACGGUUGCGAAAUAUAUCAUGAUGACUUGCAUUUGCGGGUUCUGGGAGAAUUACUGAAAAUCAACUCAGAUGAGUUGAGAAAAUGGCUUAAAACUCGUCAAAUUGAAUCAGUCAAUGAGUUAGUACUCAUACCAAUUAAUAUUGCCACAGCGGAAGCUGCUAGAGACGCGCUUGCCAAGCACAUAUAUGCCAGACUAUUUCAAUAUAUUGUCAGUGUCAUAAACAAAGGUUUGAACAAUGAUCGCAAACAGUCAUGUUUCAUUGGUGUGUUGGAUAUUUAUGGCUUCGAGACUUUUGAGAUUAAUUCAUUUGAACAAUUCUGUAUAAAUUACGCCAACGAAAAGUUGCAACAACAAUUCAAUCAACACGUUUUCAAAUUGGAACAGGAGGAGUACUUGAAAGAAGGUAUCAGCUGGACCAUGAUCGAUUUCUAUGACAAUCAACCGUGUAUAGAUUUGAUAGAGUCCAAGUUGGGUGUAUUAGAUCUGUUGGAUGAGGAAUGCAGGAUGCCCAGGGGAUCGGAUGAGAGCUGGGCUCGUAAAUUAAUGGAAAAAUGUGCAAAAUACCCACAUUUUGAAAAGCCUAGAUUUGGAAAUACAAGCUUUUCUGUCAAGCACUUUUCCGACACGGUGGAGUAUGACGUUAUGGGAUUCCUGGAGAAAAAUCGUGACACGGUUUCAAAAGAACUGGUUAAUGUCUUACGUUCAUCAAAAAUGUCCCUAUGCAAGCAAUUAAUGGAAAUGGAAGAAAUAGAUACGUUAAGCGCUGAUGCGGCAAAAACACACACCUUAGGUGGCCGCGUUGUCAUAAGUGCAGCACGAAAACAGGGCGAGGUAGCCACUGAACCAAGACGAAGAGUUACACCAUCGAAACAACAUCGUCGAUCGGUGGGAUCGCAAUUUCGAGAUAGUUUAUCCUCGCUUAUUGCAACCUUACAUUCCACAACACCGCAUUAUGUACGCUGCAUAAAACCCAACGACGAUAAGGUUGCCUUUAAAUGGGAUGCACCCAAAAUCGUACAACAGUUGAGAGCUUGUGGUGUUUUGGAGACAGUUCGCAUUUCUGCAGCCGGCUUUCCUUCUCGUUGGUCCUACAUGGAUUUUUAUAUGCGAUAUCAAUUGCUGUGCCAUCGAUCUUUGAUUAACAAAAACGACCUCAAACAGACGUGCCGGAAUAUAGUUCAAAAGUGGAUAACAGAUGAGGAUAAGUAUCGCUUUGGUAACACACAGAUUUUCUUCAGAGCCGGCCAAGUGGCGUAUUUGGAACAGAUACGAGCUAAUCUUCGGAAGAAAUACAUAAUUACCAUACAAAGUGUGAUACGUCGCUUCAUCUGUCGUCGCAGAUAUCUUCGAUUGCGACGAACCGCAUUGGGAAUUCAACGUCAUGCGCGUGGCUAUUUGGCCAGAAAGAAGGCUCAAGCAAUGCGCGAGGCCCGUGCUGCCAUAGUCAUAUCGAAGUAUGCCCGAGGUUGGCUAUGCCGCAGACGUUAUUUACGCUUGCGCAAAUCUAUUUGCGGCAUUCAACAAUAUGCAAGAGGAAUGUUGGCGAGACGUCGAUUCCAAGAAGCCAUGGACCACUAUCGUGCAGUACAAAUUCAGCGUUUCGUUCGAGGCUAUUUGGCUCGACGAGCAUACCACAAACGCAGAAGGCAGAUUAUAAUUUGCCAGUCGGCAGUACGUAGGUUUUUGGCGAAACGUCAGUUUAAGGCUUUGAAAGCAGAGGCUAAAACAAUAUCGCAUAUUCAGAACCUGUACAAGGGCCUGGAAAAUAAGAUUAUUUCCAUGCAGCAGCGCAUUGACGAUUUGAAUAAAGAGAAUAGCCAUCUCAAGCAUAAGAACAGUGAGAUAUCUGUGCUGAAAAUUAAAUUGGAAACAAAGAAAAACCUGGAACAUGAUUUGAAGAGCUUGAAGCUUGUUGCCGCUGAGAGGGAAGAAAAGAUUGUAUCGCUGACCAAACAACUAGAGGUGGAGAGGGAUGAAAAAAUGCAACUGUUGGAGGAGAAUGCUCGAAAUCAAGAGGAGUGGACCAAACAGAAGUUGAUUUUGUCAACAGAGAAUGAGGAGCUUCGAAAGCAAUUGGAAGAAAUGGCAGAGAGAUUGAAACUCACGGAAUCGGGCUACCAACGAGAACGUGUUAUUACAGACAUUGAUAACAACGAAAUCCACGAAGUCUAUCGCAAAAUUAUGAAAGAAAAAGAAAUACUGGAGAAUGAAAAUUACCAUUUGAAAUUAGAUUUACAAAUGUUGCAAAAGCAAUCUGGCGUGGUUGGGGACUAUAUUCCGGUUUCACAUCAUGUACGAUCCAUCAGCAAUGCAUCCAGCCAUACGGAGGAUGAUGCCGGCUACAGCUCGACUAAACAUCUUUUGGAUCAAAAGAACAAUCAUUCCCUUAAUGUGAAUGACAUUAGCCGAACAUCUCCAGAGGCAUUCCGACGAAAUUUGGAAAUGACUUCUACACCGAAGAGCGAGAAUACAGUCAUUCUGAUAAAACUCCGUAACCUCCUGGAGGAAGAAAAGAAAUACAAUAAGGCUAUAAAAAAUCAGCUGGACAAGGCUAUUGGUUUGCAUAGACCAACGGAAGAUUCGCUUCGCGUAUCCGAAUUGGAGGUUGAAAAUGAGAAACUCCGCCAUGACUACGAGUUGCUGCGCCAAAGUAUACGCAAUGGGGCAGAGAUGCACGAGUUGGAAGCUCAGCAUAACGCUCUGCAAGAGGAACUGAAACGUCGACGUGAAGAAUGCAUUCAGCUGAAAUCUGUUCUGCAACAACAGACGCAGUCUUUGAAGUCAUUCGGCAAUGACAGUUUAUCGCUAAGAAAUUCGGAUACGAAUAGUCUGCAGGACAACGAACUUAUGGAUGCUUUCCAAGCACAAAAAAUGGUCAACAGGCAAUUAGAGUUGGAAUUGAGGGCCUUGACGGAGGAAAACAACGCCCACUUUGCUGAGUUGACGCGUCAAAUUGAAGAUUUGCGCGAGGAAAAUAAUCAAUUGCAAGAGGUGUUGCAAGGUGGCGUAGACGAAACUGUAGAUGCCACAGAUCCAAAUGUGUUGCAGCAAACUAACCGUUAUCUGAAACAUGAACUAAAGAAAUCUAUGCUGCAGUAUUCACAAGUUCAGGAAGAGUUGAAUGCUUUCAUCAAAAAGUUCGAAACAUUAAAACACCGCAGUGACAAAUUAACGCUCAGACUUCAAGAACAUGGUAUUUCGGAGCAUGUAUCGCCCAAUAAGGAACCAGCUGCAACCAAUACACUUCCCACCAUUACAACAAUGGCAAAUUCUGAGGUUGCUGUGGGCAAACAAAAACUGAAGAAUUAUCAAGGAUUGAUGAAGUUCCGCAGCGAGGAUAUUGAUAAGAUUUUCCAACGUUUGGUUAGCGACAUGACAGCCAGAGUGGCUAUUGGUCUUUUGCCUGGUUUUCCAGCCUAUGUCCUUUUUAUGUGCAUACGUUACACUGAUCUCAUAAAUGCCGACGAGGACGUACGAACUCUACUCAGUAAAUUUGUCAAACAAAUUAAAAAAGUUCACCGCAAUGCUCACGUAACGGAAUAUCGCAUCCUGUGGUUGGUCAACUCAAUAACACUAUUGAAUCUUCUAAAACAGUACGGCGACGUAGAGGAGUAUGUCAAGUUCAAUACCGAAAAGCAAAACCAGCAACAAUUGAAGAAUUUCAAUUUGUUUGAAUAUCGCCGUGUCAUCUUGGAGAUUAUUAUGAAACUGUAUGAAGCUCUGGUGAGGCAAAUCGAAGGAUUGCUGGAGCCAUACAUUGUACCGGCUAUUCUGGACAACGAUGAGAUACAGAGAGGUCGCACACAGACUGGUAUGCUAGGCCGAAGUCAAUCGAACAACAAUUCUCCAGAGCAUGUACAAAUCGCGGCGUGGAAACAGUUGAUACACCAGCUGGAACACUUCUACAAACAAUUUACGCAUUUUGGUCUGGACCGUUGCUAUUCCGAACAGAUCUUUAAUCAGAUAAUGUAUUUCAUCUGUGCGGUGGCAAUUAAUGAUUUGAUGUUGAGAGGAGACGUGUGUAUGUGGGAAACUGGUAUGAUAAUACGUUACAACUUGGGUCACAUUGAGGAGUGGGUGAGAGACAAGAAAAUGUCCAAUGAGGUCCUAACUCCCUUGGCUCCACUGAAAGAAGUCUCACAAUUGUUGCAAUCUCGUAAAAGUGAAAGUGAUGUUCAGAGUAUUUGUGAACUUAGUGCGCACUUGAACACAGCUCAAGUACUAAAGAUAAUGAAAUCCUAUAAAUUGGAUGACUAUGAAAGUGAAAUAACGAAUAAGUUCCUUGAAAAAUUAGCCGAGAAACUUAAUGCUCGUUCUAUGAUUCAAAAUGACGAAUUUACCAUGGAUCAGAAAUUCAUUCAUGCCUUCAAAGUGGUUUUCAAAUACAGUGACAUUAAAUUGGAAGACAUUGAAAUUCCGAAACACUUGGGGCUAGAUGAUUUGCUGCAAAAAAUCUAG